CUUGCCCCCCCCUCUUGUGAUGUCUUCCUGAUCGCCUCGAAGCUGUCCUGUUUUCAGCGUCUUCAUCGCCACCACUCGUCUCCUCUCCUACAUUCUCCUUGCCCCGUCGUGAUCUUCUCCUUCCUACCUACUUAUUGUCGACCGCGGUCUGAAUUAGCAGUUUUCGUUCUGCCCCCUGGCAGUCUGUCUCUUCGAGCGUGGUCUGAGUUAGCAGGCCUUGUUUGCUCCCUCCCGCCGGGCCAUCUUGAACGCGUUGCUCGUUCCAGCUUUCCAUCAUGAGGCAACAGCGGCUUCCGUCGGUUCUUCUGCUCAUAGGCUUGCUUUCGUUCCUCGUACCCCAUGGCCCUGGCUAUGGCGGCGGCGGCACCGACCACACCAGAAGCUCGUCUGCGAGCUGCUGUGACUAAGCGCGGCACGACGGUCUUACGACUGACAUCUGACCUGCGCUUGACUGCUGAUUUGCCUGCAGUGACGUGCCCUAGUCUAACUGUCACGGGCAACUGCAGGACGGUGAGGGGACGAUCUCGCAGAUGCAAGAUCGACGGUAGUGAGCGAUUUCCCGGCUUCCUCGCAAUGAGCGUAAAUCUAACCCUGAGUAACCUUGAGGUUACCGGCUUUGCCUCCAAGAGCGGGAAGGACAACACAUUCGUCCGCAGCGUCAGCGGCGCAAUAACCAUCCGCAACUGUCUCUUCACGAAGAACAGCGGAGGUGUUAUCGAUGUGACCGGUGGCGACGGACUGAAGGUCGAGGGCUCGAGCUUCGUCAGAAACGAAGGCGGCGUAAUCGAAGUGGCAUACAGCACGAUGGAGGCGAACGACGUUCUCUUUCAGGCUAAUACAGGCGGUACAGCUGUUGGAUUAAUUAGGACAGGGCUGAUAUGUCGGAGAUGUGUGUUCGAGAACAACACUGCGAAGACACAGGCAGCGGCUGUGGCAGUAGGAUCGGCCGGAGGCAUAAGAUUUUCGCGCUGUCGGUUUAUCGGCAAUACCGUGACGGAAGUGGGAGGACGUGGAGGGGCAGUGACUGUUGGGGGCUCCUAUGGGCAAUUCUGCCACUGUCAGUUUGAAAGGAACACCAUCAAGGUUGCGGGAGGGACAACGAGAAUCGAACACGUGUACAUCAAUGGGUUAGUGGAAUUCUGUGGGAAGGUCCCCUCGACUGGCAUGAAUGGCGACGCUGGAGACCUGCAGGUGAAUUGCAAAGACUGCCCGUCAGCUUGAUCAGAAGACUGAUCAGUUCCGAUCAUAUCAGCGCUUGAAGUAGACUCUGAGGUAACCUUGCUCACACUUCCUCGUACCGUUGUCGAGUGUUUGUGCGGGCAUCAAUUCUGCGAGAAGGUCCCCUCGACUGGCGUGAAUGUCGACUCUGGGGCUGCGGAGGUGCCUUGUAGUAGUUGCCCUUCGGCUUGAUGGGAGGCCGAUCAGUUCCGAUGCCUGCGAUUGGAGUAGAAGUUACGUUACUCGCCCUUCGUCAUACUGUUGUCGCGUGUUUCCGGGGUUAUGAAUCGCCGCCGCUCUUCCUCCCGCCCUCUCCUUCUGCCUCUCUCGUGUGUAGCUGUCCGCAAGUGCGACACCGCCUUGGAAGGACAGAUAGAGUGUAAGGUAGUGAGUGACUGGUGAUGGUCCUUCAAAUGCGUUUGUAUGGAUGGAUUAUGUGAGAGAGAGAGAGAGAGAGAGAGAGAGAGAGAGAGAGAGAGAGAGAGAGAGAGAGAGAGAGAGAGAGAGAGACGCCUGUGUGUGUGUGUGUGUGCGCGUGUCGAAUCCGGCGGAGAGGGAGGAGUGCUUGUUGGCGGCCAUAGCCGUGA